CCCGCCAGCGCAGACGAUGCUUGAAUCAGUGUUGCUGGGGAGUUCGAAGGGUGAGGAUUGCCGUUGUGCUGUGUCAGAAGAAUAUUUUUUUUUUGUUCGUUAGAUAAGUUUAGAAAUAUAUCAAGAAAACGGAAAAGGCUGACGGGAUAUAUAAUUACGGUUUGUGUUUAAAUCCUCGAGGAGUCCGUUCUCAUGGCACAAUUCAUGACCUUGUUUUUGCUGGGAACUCUCCACUGUUCGUCGGGAAUCGUCAUAACAGUUAACAGAACUACCCCAAGCCCGACAGAGAUUGAGCGGUGUCGGAGUAAAAUCGCGACUGUGCCUCAGCUGAACCUGACCCGCCAUCACAUGUCCAGACCAUACUACAGCCUCGUCCCUGGGGUUCCAGAAAUCACGAUCGAGAGGCCAGGCAUUCUCGAACAUUCUCCAAGCUCCUCGGAAACCACAUCCAAAGAGUCACGCUUAUACCUGUCAUCUACACCCGUGCAUGGUAAGCCCAAAAUUGCAACGUUGCCCGAGGAGCCACGCCUGCUUUCUUAUGCAGGUAGUCCGCUGACCACACUUCUAACGCCCAUGGUGACGACGCCAUCGACAGUGCUAUGGACUUCCCCUCCGUCCAUUGAACCUCUCACGCCCACAUGGUACAUCACAAGCCCACCGCCCACUCCUCUCACGGUUCACACGCCUACGGAACCAAUCGUAAAUGUAAACACACAAUAUCUUUCUUAUACAACCAAACCGUAUGAGUCAAACAAACCUACACUUCUUACUAGACAAGAGGAUAAAAAACACUUAGUUACUCAUCUUGCCCUUGAGAAACCAAAGCAGCUAGAGAGAACGACGGCAACCACACAACCUACCCUUAAAUAUUCAACAACCGCCGCUGUAAGGGGACAUAGAUCAGUGAAGCCUGCUGCCCUACGACCGGCUCUGCAAGAGAUGGAAAAAGAGUUGAACGACUUGCUGAGGGUGCAGAUACCAGUCCUGCUGACUGAUGACAUUGCUGAAGCCCUUAACACGUCAUACCGAGCCCGCCUCCGCUUCGCCAACCACGAGAUGGUGGACAGACUACUUCAGCAGGAAUCUCUCGCAUCAAGCUCCCUCCCCGGAGAGUGUCCUAUGCGGUAUUACGAGCGUAGGAUUAAUCUGCUGAAGAGGGUGGUGGGCCUCCUCCUCCUCGCCCUUCCGCAGUCGCUUCAGGAGCUGGAGGAAGCAGCCUGGGACGAAGACCUGGAAAAUAAUUUCUUCAGGCCUGGAGAAAAGAAUAUCCUAGACGUCCCGGAUUGCCGAAAGUGUUACAUGAAAGACGCACUUGGUAGAUGUCGAGAGAUUAUGUUCUGCAAAGCCGGCUCGUUUGCUGACGUCAGGCUAGGCUUGUCUACUGCGGACAUGGAGCGUCUUCUGGCUAUUGGUUGAGACUGUGUGCAUGCGUACUUGUAUGAGUGUGGGUAUCUUUGCGUUAGAGUGUGUAUGUGUGUAUGUGUACACGUGUGUAUGUGUGGCUACGUGGAUAUGUUUCAUUUUUGGGAUGUCAAAUGUAACGAUUUUUUAAAAAAUAGGUUUAUUUUCUCAGAGUGAAUGUUUAAUGUCAUCACGCAAUCUGCAUUUGGUAUCAGAAAUCUAUUUAGAUUUCUUUUCAUUUUCAGAUACAUUAUAAACAAAAAAUGAUGUCAUUUCCUGUAAAGAAAAUACAAUUCAUAAUUUAUGUACAGCGCUGUAUUUCAGUGCGAUUCUUAGUUACUGAAGCACUUUAAUGAGUACAUUAACUUACUGUUAAUUUAUAUUUCUUAAAUAAUCCACAUCACAUUUUUUUGUGAUACAUUCACGUUGUUAAUGAUAUAGGUAUACCAACCUCAUAUUUAAAUGUAUAAAAAAUAAAACAUGGAAAAUGUUCAAAUAGAAAUUUUUAAUCUUU